UGAAUGGGCCUUAAUAUUGACUGCAGUGGCUUCUGGCUUUUUCUAGGACUGUCACCUCCUGGGAAACCUGAGAUCUUUAAAUGCCGCUCUCCCGAAAAGGAAACAUUCACCUGCUGGUGGACGCCUGGGACAGAUGGAGGACUUCCUACCAAUUACACACUGACUUACCACAAGGAAGGAGAAACGGACAUCUAUGAGUGUCCAGACUACGAAACCGGUGGCCCCAACUCCUGUUACUUUAACAAGAAGCACACCUCCAUUUGGACAGUAUACACCAUCGUAAUAAAAGCCACGAACCAGAUGGGCAGCAGUUUAUCAGAUCCACAUUAUGUGGAUGUGACUUACAUAGUUGAACCAAACCCUCCUGUGAACCUGACUUUGGAAUUAAAACAGCCAGAAGACCAAAAACUCUUUCUGUGGAUAAAAUGGUUUCCACCUACCCUGGUUGACUUAAGUACCGGUUGGCUCAUACUCCAGUACGAAAUUCAGUUAAAACCUGAGAAAGCAGUUGAGUGGGAGACUCAUUUCGCUGGGCAGCAAACUCAGUUUAAGAUUCUCAGCUUAUAUCCAGGCCAGAAAUACGUUGUCCAGGUUCGCUGCAAGCCAGACCAUGGAUUCUGGAGUAAGUGGGGUCCAGAGAGCUCCAUCCAGAUACCUAAUGAUUUCACCAUGAAAGAUACUACUGUGUGGAUCUUUGUAGCCGCUCUUUCUGCUGUCAUCUGUUUGAUUGCGGUCUGGGCAGUGGCUUUGAAAGGCUAUAGCAUGGUGACCUGCAUCCUUCCACCUGUCCCUGGGCCAAAAAUAAAAGGAUUUGAUGCUCAUCUGCUGGAGAAGGGCAAGUCUGAAGAGCUACUGAGUGCCCUGGGAUGCCAAGACUUCCCCCCUUCUUCUGACUGUGAGGACCUGCUAGUGGAGUUUUUAGAGGUGAUCGACAGUGAGGACCAGCAACUGAUGCCAGCCCAUUCAAAAAAAUACCCGGGUCAAGGUGUGAGGCCCACACACCUGGAUCUCGACAGUGACUCUGGCCAGGGCAGCUGUGACAGCCCAUCCCUGUUGUCUGAAAAGUGCGAGGAACCCUGGGCAAAUCCCUUCCCAUUCCACACUUCUGAGGGCAUUGAGAAGCCAGAGAGUCCUGAAACAAAUGGUACCCACCCCUGGGAGCCCCAGAGCACAAGCUUGGAAGGCAAAAUCCCAUAUUUCCAUGCCAAUGGAUCCAAAUCAGCAUGGCUUUUACCACAGCCCCCGACCCUGCACAACCCCAGAUCUUCUUACCACAACAUUGGUGAUGUGCGUAAGCUCUCCAUGGGCAUAGCAGGUGCAUCGGUCACUUUGGUGGACAAAACAGACAAACAGGCUUUAAAAUCCUCGCAAACCACUGAGACGGGAGGGGAGGAAAAGGCAGGCGAGCAGAGGGAGGCGGAACGCUCCCAUUCCCAGGCUGACCCGGACACCGCGUGGCUGCUGCCCCAGGAGGAAACCCCCUUUGUCUCUGCUAAACUCCUGGAUUAUGUGGAGAUUCACAAGAUCGACAAAGAUGGUGCACUAUCAUUGCUUCCCAAACAGAAAGAGAGCAGCAACCAGCCAGAGAAGGCCAGCACUGCGGAAACCAGUAAGGAGUACGCAAAAGUGUCCAGGGUGGUGGAUAACCGCAUGCUGGUGCUCGUGCAGGAUCAUUGCGCUCACAACCUGGCUGUGUUUGAAGAACCCGCCACAGAGGCUGCAUCAUCCGUUCAACAGAGUCAAGCUGAGAAAGACGUGGCCUCUUUCGCUGCGACGCCAAGCAAUUGCAAACACCAGCUGGGUGGGCUGGACUACCUGGAUCCUGCGUGUUUUAAGCACUCCUUUCAGGGAUAGCUUGAUUCAUGGAAUGAUUGAUUAAAAUGUGAUUUUUUUUUCAGGUAACACUAAAGCGUACAUGAAAUGCACGCUACUAGAGAAUGUUCAAAAAUGGGGUUAGAAUGACACUACUAAAAUGCACGCUUCACUCCUGUUCAUGCUCCAUUUUCGACCAGUUGCCUCUUUCUCCAACAGCUGAUUCCAGAACAAAUCAUUCUGUUUCCUGUGAUUUGUAGAUUCAUUCUUUUGCUGUUAGUUAUAAAAUGAUGUGUUCCAUGAAAUAAAAGCACAUUGCUUGGUACUCCUGAAGGAUGGUCCCAAUAGGUAUAGCCUCCGGAAAAGGCUUUCAUGGUUUGGUAUGUGACAGAAGGAAAGGAAAUGGUUAAAAUAGUUUACCACAGGGAAGUGAUGGAGAUAAGAAAAGUGCCAUGGAAGCCCCUUUUGAAAACCAACUGCUUAACCUUUGCACUCCUCUUUCAUUUUAUUAGGAUUAACCAAAUACAGUUUUUAAAAGAAUGCAUUCCAGAACACCUGACAAAUUGUUUACUUCAGUUCCUAUUACCUUAGUUGUACAUUGCUGAUAUGCAAGUAAAAAUCAUGCCUCCAUUUUUUUCUUAAAAUAGUUUGGAUUUGUUAAGCAUAGAUUUAACAGGUCUCCUCAGAGGACACCCCCCAAAAAAACAACAACAACCAAAAAAGACUAUUUCAUUCUAAAGCCUCUAGAGAAUAUAGUUUUGGAAAGUGGAAUUUUCUUACACAAGAGGCAAAUGAGUUUCAUGUGGUAAAUCCUUCUAAAAUGUUUUCCUGCUUCACUUAAGCAUGAUAGAUAAUUUAUUUUACACCCUGGACUUCUCGUAAUGGAAAAAAAAAAUCCCAAAAGACUAACUAGUUUAAAAAUCAUCACAGCAGGAUGUUAAUGGAGAUACUGCCUUACUGUACAUACAAAUUCUACUUUAAUACAAACCCAUAUGUUUAACAAUGUAUUUUGAAAACUAUUUUUCUAUCACUUAGAUAAAAUAAGAGGCUAUUUUCUACGUUCCCAGUACAGCUGUUUACGUAUUCAGUGGGUAUAGUAUUUUCUGCUAUGAGGCUAUACUGAGUAUUUACAGUACAUAGUAGUGUAUGCAAUCCCUGUUUGUGGAGUAAAAUGCCAUACCAGCCCAAACCCCACUGGGGAAUAUGAAGUGGAUGACAAUAUUCAAUUUCCAACACAGUGUGGUAUAGUUUAUCUGAUUCUUUUAACUCCAGGAUACAUUAAACAACGACCACCAACCUAGAGUUUUAGGGCUCUUCGCAAACCAGAAAUCACAUCUCCUGCAAUUUAGAGCUACUUUGGGGCUUCUCUGCUCUUCAUGAGUGAAUAUUCAUGAAGCCACUAUGAAGGAAAAGAGUAGUGACAUCUAACAUACUGUUUUAACAGGAUGAUUUUUGUUUUGCUUUGUUUUUCUGAGCAAUCUUGGGCAGCAAAGACAUUUUAAGCAAAGCCAGGAGUUAGUAUCUCUCUGGAGUAUAAUAGAUCCAUUUGCAAAACCUUGGCAGAGGACACACUUGGGUCAGAAGUGUCCAAAUAAAAGUUCUAAGAAACCUAGCAUCUGCAGAGUGGUGGGAACAGCUACAAAGAGCAGGCUACGGUGGUAAGAAUCUCCAAGUCAUUUCCAAGGGCAGGCUGCCAGGAGUGGUCAACAGUCUGGAUCUCCAUUUUAAAGAGAGCAUCCAUGACCCGUGGAACUGCCUCCCUCUAUUUUUCAUUUCACCUAAUGGCAAAUCCAUCCACCAUCCACCAUGUCCACGCAGUAGGUGGACAGAGAGAAUUGGAGCUCACCUCUGUGAGUUAAAUAUUCCACCCUGAUAAGCUCAUGUUGACAGGAAUUAGGCUCAGAGGUCUUUGAAAGUGAGCACAUUGCCAGAGCUUCCAGGAUUGCAAAAGUAAAAGAUCUGAGGCUCUAGUCUCCCAAUAUAUAAACAUCUUAAGAGUCAGGGAAAUAUUUUGGAAAGUUGUCCAAGUUCAUUCAAUUCCCUAGACCCUUGUUACUCAAAAUCUUGUCCGAGGACCAGUUAUAAUGGCGCCACUUGGGCACUGCUUGGAAAUGCAGAAUCUCACCCCCCAUGCCCCAGACCUACAGAAUCAGAAUCUUCAUUUUACUAAUAUCCACAGAUGAUGCAUGUGCACAAUGAAGUUUGAGAAGCACUGCCCUAGACGGUCACUUCCACUAAAGGAUAGUUUAGUGCAUGGAAACUCCUCUCAUGGAAAGUACAGGUCAAAUCUGUUUGACUUGCACUAAACAACAAUGUAUAGAAGGAGAAGGCAUGAUUUUUUUUUUUAUCUAUUAGUGGUGUAAGAUUCACAUAAUAGUAGAGAAUGACUGCAAAAGUACACACAACUUCCAAGAAGUUGGGCGACAUAAUCCACUUUGAAUGGCACUGACCAAAGACUCUGCCCUCAAAGCCAAUAUAGACUAACAUUUUUCCAAAAUAGUCCAUUCUUCUCCAAGAUGUCUCUCACUCUGAUAGUUUGAAAAUUUUAAAAUAAUCUGUUUUGACAUAUAAUUUGGCAUAUCUGAAAAAAAUAUCAAGGCUAAAGACUCAACCUGAAUUAAAUUCCUAAAACACACCAAUUAGACACUUCUUAAGUAAAGCCAGGACUAUAAUUCUAUGGUCAAUUAAGAUUCUAUAUUUGAAUUAAGUUUUUUUUCAGAGUCUAGAAUAUUUUCUAUCAAGGAGACAGCUGAUCAAGUGGAAGGAUGCAGAUAGGGGUCAGGAGCCCCAGGUUCUAGCCCUAACUGUGUCGCCUUAGAUCAAUCCCCCUUCUCUGGGCCUCAAUUUCCUCUAAAGGAAAAUUUGAGCCAAAUAAUCUGUAAUGCCCUUUUAAACUCCAACUUUUUGAUUCCAUGACUCAUUGAGUGUUUUCCAGCCAAGAUAAUUUAACUAACGCCUUAUAUCUUCAUGAAGCUGAUAAAUAACUGCCCUUCAUCAUAGAAAUACAAGUACUCUUCAGUGCUUACUGCAUUUCACUUGGAAAUCAUCAGUUCCAGGCCCUAACAUAUUGCACAAGCAUUUUAUAAAUUAUGUAGAUACAGAAUCAUAGUCCAAGAUUAUAUGCAAAUAUGUGUGGAGAAAGAAGAGACAUAAGUUUUUUUGGUUUUGUUUUUUUUUAAGACGUAUUGAAAGUGGCUCUAAUUUUUAGAAAAAUAACCUUUUGCUGAAUCAAGCUAUGCUUAUUCCUUCCUGAAUCCAACAGCCCUAGAAAAUCUCUUUUCUUACAUCUGGCUGCUGAUUCUAGUAUUUUUUUUCUCUCUCUCUCCUGUAUUACGAACAUUGCACAGUUGAUUUAAAGAACCUUACGCUCUGAAAUGCAAAAGUCAUAUUUUUGUAAACAAAUACUUAAAUAUUCAAAUUACAAAGCACAUAGAAAUGAGAUAGCCAAUGGGUGAUUUAUAGAAGCUUAUGACCUAAACCGCAAAAUGUUUUCUGCUCAGUUUUUACAAAUGGGUAGUAGGCACCUCAAUAUGAAUAGAAGUUGCUAUCAGCUGUGUCACUGACCUUUGACACACUCACUCUUCAUUCUUCUAAGUGCCUAACGCUCAUCCUGAUAGGCAGGUAUGUACUAAAAACUUGCUUUCAGCAAUUCGGUUCAAAGUGGGUCAAUCCCUCAGCAUGUGUGCAAGAUCAAGGUGUCUGACUCCUAGACCUGUAGUGACCCAACUGAAUCAGAGAAUCCUAUGAGUUCAGGAGCAACCCGAGUCUGUGGGGGAAUUGGACUCUUUCUUGAAGGCCACUGCUGCCGGUCACUUGCAGGAAGACUUGGCCCUGCCUUUGCUAACAACUUUCCUAUCUUCUCAGAGUAGACAAGAAAGAAACAGAUUUGCACACAUUUUACAAAGUGCCUUUCUUUACUUUCAUAUAAAAACAAAGUUUCCUUUUUACAAGAAAAGUGUAUUGAGUGGAAAGUAAAUUUUACCUUUUUGAGUGUGCAUGAAUGGAGAAGACAGAAGGGAAUGAUGAAAUGGUCAAAGGUCCAACCAGCAACUGUGCAGCAGAUUUUUACAUUUAUUGUUUAAUUGAGUUACCACAGAGCCGAUAUAAAUAGUGCAACUUACUUUGUCUGAAAAGAAAUUGACUCUGGCUAGGAUUUUGAGCUCAGCCUGCCACCCCAGCUCUCAAUUUAAAAACAUACUGAUGCCCUUUUGAAUGGUUUUGAAUUGCAUGCCUGGGCCUGAAAAGGACAAUGCCCACACAAUGGAACUUUGGACUCAUACAAAAAAAAAAAAGUAAAUGACUCUGGAUUACCAUUCCCAGUGUUGCUAACAUAGAUUUGCCGUUGAUGAAAGUCUUGUGUACAUCAGUGAACAAAUUUCUUUUUCUGCUUCUCAGCUCAAGCACAAUAGUGACAUUGCUAGGAGAGUGGGCUGAGCACUCAAUUUCCAGGUCAACAUCGCAUUGCUGCUGCUAAACGGGCUAGGUGACUAUGCGAGUCCCUUAAACUCUAGCCCCCUGUUUCCUUACCUGUGAAAUAAGUGGGUUGGCCUGAACUCUUUCUAAGACCUCUUACAGCUAGAAUCAUCUUUGAUUUCUCACGAACGAAGUAAAAUUCAGGGGUUCUAGUCAAAGGCCCAAGAGCACUCAGGAAAGCGCUGCUGAUUUGUCCUUCACCUGAAGGAAUGCAGCGUGCGGCUGUGACAGUGCUGGAGAGAAAAGCAGAGAUCCUUUUCUCCAAGUCAGAUUGAUGUAACAUCCUUGCUCCUUUUCUUCUUAGCUGUCCAUACUCACAAGCUGUUCAUCCUCUCACUCCAGGGCCUAUAUUUUUCCUAAGAGUUAAUCAUGUGCUAUAGCAACCAUAGGAAGUGCAAGAAACUAAAUUAUUCCUAAACAAUAAUUGUGGCCCUGCAAAAGACUGAGUCAAAUGUGAAAUCAGCCACACAGAUAUCAAGGCCCAGGCUGAGGGUCACAAGUUACCUCAUUCAGAGAUUUACGUUUAGUGAUUCUAGUUCAAUUCAUUAGUUAAUGAAUUCAAAGGCCAUUAAUAAACCCAAGCAACACUGAUGACUCGGUCUUGCGGGUCUUAAACAGAAACUUAAAAAUACAAAAUAAUUGUUCGAGAGUAUAUGAUCUAACCAGGAGUUCUAUUUAUAAUUAAUUACAUCCCAGAUGUGUUCCAUGAUUAGCAUAUAUACUAUCUAUCUGCGAAUCAGAUAGGAGCUUUCUCUCCAGACUUGCGCUUUUCAGGAAGGUGAUUUUUGUUCUGAGGCCUUCAUGGUAUCUAUUUCAAUGAAAGGAAAAAGAUAGAAAAUAGGACAUUUCCAGAGGUUUGGGCAUCUCAGGAUUCCACAAAAUGCAGAGAGUAGCCUACUCAACCUAAAUUGUAUUGGACAUGGUGAGUCUAUAAUUUAUUCAGUGAUUUGAGUUUACAGUUAAGAGAUGUACAUAACUCACAACACCAUAUGCCCACCACUGUUUUGUGCACAUCGAUUCCUUUGAUUUAUGCUCUGAUUUCAAUCAGGAAGAAUUGAGGCAUGUAAAGUAGAAAAACAUCCCAUUCAUGUGAUUGUGGUCAAUAAAUAGAGAGGCCCUUAGGUAGUCUUAGUAUACUCGUUAAUUUUUACCUGCUUCUGAUUAAAAAGAAAAAAACCCAAUUUACUCUCCAAACUGGUUACUGAAGUAGUAAUGCCAAAAAUAACCUUUAAUAAUUUGUGGUCAAAUUAUGCUUCACCUGGAUAAACUUCGAAAUACAGUCUUUGAGUUUUUCCAUGCAAAUUUCACAAGUCUUAGGGGAAAAUAUCUUUCUGUUAUGGUAUCUGAAAUUGAAAAACUACAUGGCAGAAAUAUCUCUGAGAAUUCAUUUGUUUUAUAAAAUUUCUAAUGAAAUGAUUUUGAGUUUUUCAAAGUAACUACCUCCCCUCCUUGUCCUAAUGUCCUUUCUUCAAAGCUGCUUAUUGUUUAGAAUGAAAGAUGUCACAUCUCAUGCUUUCAUUAUUUUUUCAGUGGCAUAUUUGUUGUAUUUGCCAAGUGAUAUUCCUGACUUUAAAGAAACUGUUAUAUUAUUUCAUAUUAUAUUGCUUUAUGUGGUUCAAAAACUAUUACAUAUGUCACAUUGAAAUAUAUAAUCCUCAUAUUGUGAAACUCAUCAUGUAAGACAAAUGAAAUAAUUAUUCAAUGACUUACAUCUACCCAUAUGUAGUUUCAAUAUGAUUGUGUCUGUAUCUGUAAAACAAAACUAAAAAAAAUAUGUAAUCAUAUAAAGAAAAUAUGUGAAUGUACUAAUUCUUCUUAAUCUUUGUCUGGAAGUAUUUAAUGUGCCGUUGUACAGCUGAUCUGAUCGGUGAAGUGUUUAAAGUACAACAAACGCUGUUUAAAAGUCAACCCCUCAGCUUUGCUUCACGUAACCUUUGAUACUUCUUGAGUGUUAUUUGCAUUAUGAGGCUUGCUUUUGUGUUUGAUCAUCUGUUUUUAAAAUCGAAGAGUCUCAUGUGGAAACCAAAGCAAUCUAGAACCAAUCUGUUGGGUGGUCUGUGUGUUCUGUAAAGCCAUAUUGAAGUAAAGACUAUGUACUAGCAUAAGGUUCCAUAUUUUCAAAGCUACCACUACCUCCGCUUUUUCUCUUCCCUGGGAAAGGCCAAGCAAAAUUCUUGAACAGUAAGUGGGGAAUUAGAAGUGAUUGUUACAUUAAGUUGUUGAAUGUUUUUUUUUGUUUUUGGUUUUUUUUUUACAUGAGAAUAUACCUUCUAAUUUACCACUUUGCAGGUUUAUGCUAGGUUGUCUCAAUAACCAUUUUUACAUUUAAUAAAAACAAUGAGGCAUAAGGAUCAGAAAGAGUACAUAGUCACCAAUGAAAAACCAACAAAACCAGCGUGCAGAUUUUUUCCUAACUGUAAAGCCCCUUAAGGCGGAUGCCAAAAAUCAUGAUGUUAUCUCUCACAAUUUGAUUUCCUUAAAUCCCCCUAGAAAUAAAUCUUUCCGUAUUUGAUUUUAGCCAUCAAAUAUAUUAUGGUAUGGGGAAAAUUGAUCAUAUAUCAGAAAUAAUUUUGUUUUUAUUUUUAAAACUCAUUUCUACAUGUACUUAUUGUAAUGCUGAUUUUUUUUUCCUUUUUAGCCUUAAGACUAUAGCCAUCUGAUUUGUCUUGCAUUUUUAAUUCUGUACAUUUUUUGGUUAUUGCACAUUGUGCUUUAUGUUUUCCAGGGAUUUAUUAAUUUGUCUCCUUUUAUUUUGAAGGGACAAUAUGGACAGUUAAGUCUUUGUCAAUAAUAUGGGAGAUUAUGCUAACUGCUGUUCUCACAAUGUUUUCAUUUUUACUGCACAUGAAAAACAAUGCUUACCAAACUAAAUCUUAGACAUCCCAGUAUAAUAUGGUCAUUGUAUUUCUAUUCAUGUUGAAAAUUCCCAGCUCAGUGCCUGGCUCAAUAAAUGUUUAUUUCCCUUGCCUACC